AUGAUCUGUGAUGAUUGUGAAAUUUCUCUAAAUGGAGAGCGGACACUACUUUUGGUUGGACGUACAGGUGAUGGAAAAAGUGCAACAGGCAAUAGCAUUCUUGGAACAAAGGCUUUCAAAUCGAUGCAUUGCUCUUCUUAUGUUACAACUGCUUGCCUGCUUCAAACUACUCAAUUACAAGAUGGAAACAUACUUAACGUCAUUGAUACCCCUGGAUUGUUUGAUUUUUCCUGUGGCCCUGAUUUUGUUGUAAGAGAACUUGUUAAGUGCUUCAAUCUGGCUAAGGAUGGCAUCCAUGCUGUACUUUUGGUUCUGUCUGUACGAACUCGAUUUUCAAGAGAAGAACACACUUCUGUGCAAUACCUUCUGAACCUCAUUGAGAGCAAAAUUAGCGAUUAUAUGAUUGUGGUCUUCACAGGAGGAGAUGAACUUGAAGAUGAUGAGACAUUGGAUGAUUACUUAGGUUGUUUCCCUGAGCCCUUAAAGGAAGCUCUCAAACAAUGUGGAAAUAGACAAGUACUUUUCGACAAUAAAACUCAUGAUCCAUUGAAGAAAGCUGACCAAUUAAGAAAUCUUCUUUUAGAUGUGAAUUUGGUUGUGGAAAAGAAUGGUGGAAAACCAUAUACAACAUACCUGUUCAAGGAACUAAAGGUUGAAUCAAACCUGAGGGGGAUGAGGCAUCUUGAAGCAGAAUUGGCAAAGGAACGUGUUGCUCGUUUGGAAGCUGAAAAAAGUGCAGAAGCAGCUCUAAUGAACUUGGAAAAUAAGAGGCGACUGAUGAGGGAUAUAUAUAGAUACAGACAACGUCCAAUGGUGGCUGACAAACUCCAAGAAAGAAAAUUGGAAUCUUCUGCUGGCAUGUGUCGUAUUUUAUGA